GCCUGCGCAGUCGCUCUUCAUGCAUUAGACGGACGCCAUGGCGGGGCAAGAGGAUCCGGUGCAGCGGGAGAUUCACCAGGACUGGGCGAACCGGGAGUACAUUGAGGUCAUCACCAGCAGCAUCAAGAAAAUCGCGGACUUUCUCAACUCGUUCGAUAUGUCUUGUCGUUCAAGACUUGCAACACUAAAUGAGAAAUUGACAGCCCUCGAGCGGAGGAUAGAGUACAUUGAAGCACGGGUGACAAAGGGUGAGACGCUCACCUAAAACUGUGCCAUGCUGCUGCUGGGAAGUUGCUUUACGGAACACAGGCCACGUGGGACAGGCCCCAGCAGUCUUCAGCUUCUUCCUCUCUCCUUAAAGAGCAACAGGGCUUAUUCUUGUUUUUCUUUUUUCGGAAAUGUGGCCUUUGGGGGCUGCCAUGUACAUCUGGGGGUGUGAUGUGGCAUGUGGGGAGAAGUCCAAGAACUCUUGGAAACAUUAGGCAUUUUACCUUUUCAGUAACGUUUUAUAAAACUACUUGUCGAGUGUUUGAGGCAUUCAGAGCGAAAAGCCCAGGACUUGGUGAAGGUCUGCCCCACCUCCUCCUCUCUCAGACUUUAAGUCUCUUUGCCUCUGCACUGAUCUUAUAAACAGUCUUUUUCUCCUCCCCACCUUUGGUGGGAGGUGGGGAGAAGUCUGGUUGAGACUCUCGUGCCCUGAUAAAGUGGCUGCCAGAGAAUGUUAUCGCUAACCCACCAGUUUCUCGUCGAUUUGGGGAGGUCAGGGCCAGGCCCCCACUUGACUUGAAGGGACAUUUUCAGAGUUUUCUUUCUGUCACUUGGGGUGUCUAUGCCUCUCAUGUUUCCCUAAUAAACUCCUCAACUUUA